UUUUAAUUCUAUUUAAUCAAUUGUUUUUUUUUGUUUUGUAAUUGGUUCAUCAAUUUUGAUUCCGAUUAAUUCUCUGGUCUUUAUUAGUUGACUUUAUCACUCUGCUUGGAAAUUUAUUUAUUACCUAUUCUCAAUCUAUUUAUUUUCUAUCAUCUUCUCAUCCCCAUCACCAAAAGCAUCUUCUCAUCACAUUAUCUCAUCAGCAUCACCUCUAGUUUUUUCUGCCACUCACCAUCUUUUUUUUUUCUCUCUUCUUUUCUUUCUGUGAUUCUAAUUAAUUCCGCUAAUUGAUUGAACCUGACAGCUUUUUUUUCGCUCUAUUCUUUUCUAUCAAUUCCGCCGUGUGAGUGUUUAGUGUGCGCGGUGUGUUUGUCUGUAGUAGUGGCUGGUUUUCUGUACGAAUUCUGUUCUCUUAUCUCUCUCUUUUUUUCUCUCUGUCUAUACCUCUCCCUAUUUCCAUCUCUAUUCUCUUAGCUUGACUUCUCUCCCUUUUUUUUCUCCCUCUCUUACUCUCUUUUUUUUCUCUCUUUCCCUUUUCCUGUCUUUUGCUUUUUUCUCCUCUCUCGUCCUCCCCUUUCUCUUCUUCUUCUUGUUUAGUUAUUAAUUCCAAGUGCUAGUUCUUGUGGGUGUGCAAGCUUUUUUUUAAACGAAAAAUUAACAGAAAACAAAGAAAAGAUAAAAGGUAAAGAAAUUUUCGAUUAUGGCUUGGACACCAGCUCAAGAUGGUAUUCAACAAAUUCUCCAGUUGCUCAAAGAAUCCCAAUCACCGGACACCCAAACUCAACGAGCUGUUCAACAAAGAUUGGAAGAAUUAAAUAAGUGUCCAGAUUUUUGCAAUUAUCUAGUAUUCAUUUUAACCAAAUUAACUAGUGAAGAUGAAGCCACCCGAUCAUUAAGUGGUCUCAUAUUGAAAAAUAGUUUAAAAGCUCACUGGUAUGAGUUUCCUCGUGAGGUUACCGAGUACGUGAAAGCAGAAUGUCUUAACAGCAUUGCCGAUCAAUAUCCAUUAAUCCGAGCGACCAGUGGUAUUCUUAUUACAACAAUAGCCUCUAAAGGUGAAUUGGCCAGUUGGCCUGAAUUAUUACCUCGUUUAUGUAUGAUGUUGGAAUCAGAAAACUAUGCCACAUGUGAAGGUGCAUUCAGUGCCUUACAUAAAAUAUGUGAAGAUAUGGCGGAAUCAUUGGACUCUGAUACAGCUAAUAGACCAUUAGAUUUCUUAAUACCAAAGUUCCUUCAGUUUUUUCGUCACGCUAAUCCUAAAAUUCGUGCUCAUGCCAUAGCUUGUGUCAACCAAUUCAUCAUGAUUAGAAGCUCAUCAUUGAUGGCUCACAUCGACACGUUCUUAGAGAACCUUUUCCAUCUGGCCUCUGAUGAAGAACCUGAAGUUAGAAAGAAUGUUUGUCGAGCUCUAGUCAUGUUAUUGGAAGUGAAAAUAGAUCGACUCAUACCACAUAUUCAUAAUAUUGUAGAGUACAUGUUAUUGAGAAGUCAAGAUCCUGAUGAGAUAGUAGCACUCGAAGCCUGUGAAUUUUGGUUAAAUUUAGCUGAACAACCGAUCUGUAAAGAAGUCUUAAGUCAACAUUUACCCCGUUUGGUGCCCAUUUUAAUGCGACGCAUGAAAUAUUCUCAAUUAGAUAUAAUUCUAUUGAAAGGAGAUGUAGAAGAAGAUGAAAUGAUACCAGAUAAAGAGGAAGACAUCAAACCUCGAUUCCAUCGAUCUAAAACUCACACUCAAAAACACAACGACGAAGGAGGUGAUGAAGCAGAUUCAGAUGAUGAUGAUGACGAUGAUGAUGAUGAUGAUAAUGAUAGGCAUAUUGCUGAAUGGAAUUUAAGAAAAUGCUCAGCAGCCGCGCUCGAUGUUUUAGCCGGUGUCUUCCGUGAUGAUCUUUUACCUGUGGUUCUUCCAAUAUUGAGAGAAACUCUUUUCCAUCAGAAUUGGGAAAUUAAAGAAUCCGCUGUUCUAGCACUUGGGGCAAUCGCAGAAGGGUGUAUGACUGGAAUGAUACAACAUCUCGGCCAAUUGGUACCUUAUCUCAUUACGUGCCUAAGUGAUAAGAAAGCUUUAGUCCGAUCGAUAACUUGUUGGACACUAAGCAGAUACUCACAUUGGGUUGUCGGUCAACCUCAUGACAAAUAUCUUAGACCCUUGAUGACCGAACUCCUUAAACGUAUUCUAGACGCCAAUAAAAGAGUACAAGAAGCUGCUUGUAGUGCAUUCGCCACUUUGGAAGAAGAAGCUUGUACUGAAUUAGUACCUUACCUAGGAUUUAUUCUUGAAACUUUGGUCUUUGCAUUUAACAAAUAUCAGCAUAAAAAUUUACUCAUCCUCUAUGAUGCCAUUGGUACACUUGCAGACUCGGUGGGUCAUCAUUUAAACAAACCUGAAUUUAUCAAUCUAUUGAUGCCUCCAUUAAUUCACAAAUGGAAUUCAUUGAAAGAUGAUGAUCGAGGACUUUCUCCAUUACUUGAGUGUUUAUCCAGUGUAGCUACAGCUCUUCAAAGUGGUUUUUUACCGUAUUGUGAACCAGUUUUCAAACGUUGUCUAUCUCUUGUAGAGCAAACACUUAAUCAAGUAGCGGCUAAUAGUACUCACCCUGAUCAUUUUGACCCACCGAACAAGGAUUUCAUGAUUGUCGCUCUUGAUUUAUUGAGUGGCCUUGCCGAAGGUCUUAAUGGUGCUUUGGAGUUUGCACAAUUAAUAGCUUGUAGCAAUGUCAUGAUUCUUUUACAUCAGUGUAUGCAAGACGUUCUUCCUGAUGUUAGACAAAGUUCUUUCGCUUUAUUGGGAGACCUUACAAAAGCUUGUUUUCAACACGUUAAACCUCUUACACCUCAAUUCUUACCUAUACUCGCCCAAAACUUAAAACCUGAGUUCAUUUCUGUUUGUAACAAUGCUGCCUGGUCUAUUGGAGAGAUGGCAGUUAAAAUGGGACCAGAAAUGAAACCUUACAUCCAGAUAGUUUUACCUCAAUUAAUUACGAUUAUCAAUCAACCUGAUACACCAAAAACUCUCCUAGAAAAUACAGCCAUUACAAUUGGCCGUCUUGGCUUGGUAUGUCCUGAAGAAGUCGCUCCUCAUUUACAACAGUUUAUUCGCCCCUGGUGUAUCUCUCUUCGUCAUAUUCGUGAUAACGAGGAAAAAGAUUCAGCUUUUCGUGGUGUUUGUGCCAUGAUCGGUGCUAAUCCAGGAGGAGUUGUACAAGAGUUUAUGUAUUUCUGUGAUGCUGUUGCUUCUUGGAAUAAUCCAAAACCGGACUUGAAAGCCAUGUUCAACGAGAUUCUCCAUGGGUUCAAAAAUCAAAUUGGCGAAGAAAACUGGAACCGAUUUGCUGACCAAUUCCCAGCAGCGUUGAAGGAAAGAUUAGCGACUAAUUAUGGAGUCUGAUUUCUCUUUUUGGGUAGUAAAGCAAUGAUUUCAAAAAAAAAGUGUUAAUCAUCAUAACCCUGUGAAAGAAGGUAAUUUGCAGCCAUGUUUUCGUUUUUAUCACACGAAAAGUAGGCUUCAACUACCAAAUAUUCAGGGAAUCCCAUAGCUUUCAGCUGUUGAUGAAAAAGAAGAAAAAAAAGAAAAGUGAAUUGUUAGUAACAUGAUAUUUUUGUUAUACAUCAAACUCUCGCAAACAACAUCAACAUAACAUUUCAUCACCGGAAUCUUUUGUUUCCUUUAACCCUAACUAUUUCCCUCUUCCUUAAACUGUCCUGAGAAAAGUUCCAAUCCUGUAAACAAUCAAAGCUUUUUUCAAUCAACAAAAAAUUCCAAUGUUCGUAUCUUCUUCAUUCCUUACUCACUCUCUCGCUCUCAUCCUUUCGUCCUUUUUUUCAUAAUAAUAUCUCCUAGCUCUUUAUAUACAUCAUAAGCACCCCCUCUCACAAAAAACAACCACACAUUGUCCUUCUUGAUAAGCUUUAUGAAAAAAAAACUAUGCUAUAUACAAGAUGUUAACAUAUUGACUGACUAUAAAACAAUUAAUAUUCAUUGAUAUAAAAUUUUUCACAGGCAAUCCCCAAAAACUUUGUCCCAAUCAGUUGAAAUUUGUUGACCUUUAUUAUCUUGUUGAAAAGAAACACUUUACCCCUCUCAUAGCUUUAUUUGUAAACUAAGAUCAUUUUUUUCUGUUUUCUGUCACAAACUCUAUAUAAAAAUCCUCAUUAUCCUUUCCUCAUCCUUUUCUCUUCCGUAUCAUUUUCACUUUCCCCUUUUUAUCCUUUUUCCUUAAAAAACGCAUGUAUGUAUCUUUUUCAUCUUCAGUGCUCAUAAAACAAUUCACUCACUUGAUAUAACGACACCCUUUUCUCAAACAUGCAAGCUGAAUUGAAAAAUAAGUUGAAUAAAAAAAGCUGACUCAAUCAAUCAA